GUGACAUUCCGGUCGUGCCACGGUAAAAUUACGUAUAGCCUCACAUCAAGAUGGCCCUGCCGUCCCCGGCGACGUCAACACUUGAGCUACUUACCCACCCGAAUCCAUCCCUCAGCCAUCGAAUCCCCAAGAGCAAGACAAACACUCGAAGUCCCCUCUAUUACUGGCCUAGACAAAUAAAGAAAUGGGAAGAAUUGGAAGACAUCAAUAUUCUGAAAAACAUCUUUGGUGGAGUUUUGCUUCAAGAGGCAUGUCGCAGAGACCGAACUCUUGACCCAUAUCCAAGACUUCACUGGCAAGCUGACUGCAUCAACAAAUCAGUUGUCACUGCCGCCCUUGACCCUAUUCAGGAUCUUUUCCAUCCCGUCAUCUGGAGCAAAGGGGAUCCCCCAUCAGGCAAAGAGGUAUUUCCCUCGCCUCCCAAACAACACGAAAAGCAGCGCCAUCAGCCAUUACGCAAAGGCUCUGCAAAGACAACACAUACAAAAUUACAAUCAUUGUCGAGACUGCAGCCAGAUUCUGGGUCUAUUGCAUCUAGUCCACUCUCAUCAAAGGCUGGCGAUACGACAAUAUCUGAUUGUCAGGAGAGAUUUCCAAAAGAGUACAAGAUCUCCACAAAAUGGAAGAGUGAGCGUAUCUUCAAUGGCGGAAUCCUAGAUGAUUCUGGGGCUUUUAUGCGGGGAAAGACAUCUGAUAAUUAUGCUUGGCCCAUUAGACAGGCUUAUACUUAUUGCAUUCAGCAUAUGUGUCGAUAUGGAUGUAUAUUGACGGGUGAAGAAGCAUUCAUAUUUCGCAUCAUGCCGCGAGAGGACAAGUCCAUCAACAAUUCACAAAACGUGAAUUUGCUAAGAAAUGAGCUCAUCAAUAACGGGCUUAUGGAAUACGUCUCCAUUCCCUGGAAAAACUACAGUCAAGGUCAGAGACCGUCCCUCGACGCCUGGACUGUCAACCUAGCACUGUGGUUUAUGCAUAUCCUGGCUGGAAAUAUUUUUGAAGUUGAAUGGAGUUAUGUUGAUCUGACAUCUGAAGCCUUGAUUAUUUCUAAGCCGGUUGAGUCUCAUGGUCAGCCCAAAGCAGCUUCUUCUAGUAGGGCUCACUCCGAUGAUGAAGAACAGCAAGGGGCGGGACAAGAUGAUAAUGGGUCAGUUACUUCGGAAGACUCGAAAGUGACUGAAAUCUUGAACUCGUCUACUACAAAGCGAAAGCGGGACUCAGAUGAUGACAGCGACUUUGAGGGCAUUCAUCUUUCAUUCACAAAGCGUCAAUUUGUAUAGUUGGGGGACAUUGGCAGUGGGUUCUCUGGUUAACAUGGAAGGCCACAGAGCAUGUACUCAGUAACAUUGGACAUAUAAACAUUAUCACUGAAACGACUGCUCGCUAUCUCUCAACACGCUCUCAUGGAACUCCACAAACUCCUACUUGCUUGUUUCCUUCAUGUUAAUUCAUUUGUCAUUGAUGUCCACCAGAAUCUUGACUUGGUUGUUCUUAUCGGUGAUCAACGCAUUGAUACCAUCCUCGACAAUAUUCUCCAUCUUGAUCUUUCUGGUGAUCAUCUGGCUAGGCUUAAUUGCACCUGAAGCGAGGUUGUCGAUGACCGCUUGGAAGUCUUCCCGUUGGUACCCUAAAACGGAUUUGUAGGCACUCUCUUUGAAGGUCAGCCAAUUAGGAUUGAAAGGGAUCUCCUUCUCCCAGAUUGCGAUGUUUACCACAGUGCCUCUUGUUCUCACGACUUCGCAAGCACCUUUAACACUAUU